GCACCACCAGUCACUCCCUCUGCCCUCUUCUUCCUCUCUUAUUCGUCUGAGGUUAAGACCGCGGCUGUUUCUUGCCAUCUCCUGGACGGCACGCCACGCAUCACUCUUCCUCGCCACGUCAAGAGCGGUCCCCCCGUCCGUAGUGUUCUUCUGCUCCUCCCCCCCCUGCCAGUACUCCCUGCCAGCUGCACUCUUCCUCUUGUCCCUGUUGUUUUUCUGCAACGGAAGGGUUGUUACAGCGCGCCAUUUUCGUGACGGACAAACGCUUCUUCGAACCGAAAGGGCAAGAAAAGGCAACGCCCACAGGAGGAAGGAGCAGCAGCAGCACAGCAGCAGCAGCACAGCAACAGCAGCACGCCCCUUUUACCUGCUCGGGAACAGGGAAGUUGCAAUUUCCGUUGUGAGGCAGCUGAGCGGUCCAGAAAAAUGGCUGGGGCAGUUGACGUGCAGGUUGCGCGGGAAGAGGUGUUUGAAGGCUUUGGGAAGCAUGGGGCAGCAGCAGGAGCACCAGCACAGCAGCACCAGCGUUGCGGACACGCAGGAGCACCACCACUACCAGCGGCGGCAGCAGCAGUAGCAGACCAGAGCGCUCCUGUUGUUGCCAACGCACGGAGCGACGCCGUGCCUCAGGGCGAGGCGCACGUGGCCGCCGGGACGGGCGAGCCCGGCACGAGUUCAUCGCUCGAGCCCUCAUCAACGGAAGCGGCUGCUGUGGGCGGCAUGGCAUCUGACCAGCAGGGCAAGCAAGUAGGGCCGAUCGUUGUGGCAAGACACACGAGGCUCGCGCCGUACAAGCCCGGCAAGAUGACGGUAGUGUUAGACAUGGACGAGUGUCUGCUGCACAGUAAGUUCCACGGGCCGGGGGCGGCCUCGGAGGCGUACAGACAGCUGGAGGAGCGACCGAACGCGGUCAACGAGGUCAACAGCUUUUGGGUUGCCCUCGAUGAUGGCGACACUGCGCAGGUGAACAAGCGACCUGGCUUGGACCCGUUCCUGGAAGCGUUGGCGAGAGACUACAACACAAUUGUGUUCACGGCGGCCAUGCCCGACUACGCCGGGCCGGUGUUGGAUUACAUCGACCCAAAGGGCACCCUCUUCCACCGCCGACUCUACCGCAGCAGCUGCAGACAGGUGAAGGGUGCCUUCCUGAAGGACCUCUCGGUGCUCGGCGUGGAGUCAACGGACAUGUCCCGGACCGUGCUGGUGGAUAACAACCCGCUCUCCUUUAUCUGCCAGCCGACGAACGGUAUCCUGGUGGCCUCGUUCUACGACGACCCGAACGACACCGCCCUCGCCAGCGUGAUGCAGCUCAUCCGGCACCUGGACCAGGCUGGAGACGUGCGCCCCAUCCUUAAGGACAUGUUCCGCCUCGACACUCUCCUCGGCGAGUACCGAGCGGCCCUGUUCGACGACGAAGAUGAUGCCGACGUCGACGUCGACUGCAUCCUGGACGACGAUGACGAGGAGGAGGACUUGUUGGAAGGGUGUUUGGAGGCGGGGCAGCAGGAGAGAACAGAGGCGGCGGCGCCGCCCGGCCGGGACGAGAAGGGACUUCUUUUGGACGUUCUGGUGGCAGAGCAGGAGCAGCAGCAGCAGCAGCAGGAGGGCAGCGCUAACGACGACCGGCAGCAGGAGCUGCAGGGUGAAGACGUGGAGUGCCUGAAGGACGACGAUGAUGAUGAGUCGGUGAAGACGGAGGCGUGUUCGGAGGGGUCGGGGGACUCGUCCCUGGGCGACGAGUCCCUCACCUCCAGGGAGGAGAUGGAGCUCGAGCUCGAGUUCUGAGAUCCAUCGUCGUACUAAUCUAA